CUGCUGACGUGUAGGUAGGAGGUGUCUUCUUGUCUUCCAGAGGAUUCAGCAGCUAGCUGUCAGCUUGUCUCUUUGUUUAUUCUUUCGUUUCGCACUUUGCAAUGGAAUUAUCACCUUUAUACUACUGAGCUGAGGAAGUAAGAGCAGAAAAGAAGUCCGAGAUAUUGCACAGGUUUAGGUUGGUGCUCACGUUUUAUGAAGAGCUCUCCAUUACCAACUUCACCAAUAUGGGGAGACGGAAGGUGCCAGAUUUGUACAGAGCCCCAUUCCCCCUCUACACCGUCAAGGUGGACCCCAAGUCGGGCCUGGUGAUCACUGCAGGUGGAGGUGGGGCAUCAAAAACUGGGAUUAAAAAUGCAGUGCAUUUUCUUGGCCUGGAGUUGGUGGGAGAGCACCAGUACAGUGCCACUCUGCUGCAUGCUCAUGACACGGAAACCCGCGCAACAAUGAACCUGGCGAUCGCCGAUGGAGUCAUCGCCGCAGGGCAGGACGGCAAUUGUAGCAUGAUGCGAUUUAAACAACGCCAGUCAAAUGAGGGACGAAAAGCGUCUUCCAGCGCAGCGGCCUCUGGCGGGCAGCAGGGGAAGGCCCGGCGGCGAACGGGGAAAGGCGACCAGGCGGCUAAAGACGGAGCAGAAGAGGCAGGGGGCAUAGGCGCCUCCGACACUACGGACGAGACCACGCAGGUAUCCGUGGAAACCGUCGGGGAAGUGCAGUCGGACCUCAACCCUGUGGACCCGCUGCAGAAGGUGGUGAGGUUCAGCUCGGACCUGAGCCUGCUCAUGACGGGCGGCACGGACGGCCACAUCCGGGUUUGGGAGUACCCCUCCUUGAAGAAGAAGUUUGACUUCAAAGCACAUGAAGGAGAAAUUGAAGACUUGGACUUGAGUCCCGGGAAUGAGCACCUCGUCAGUGUGGGCAGGGACUUUGUGUGCAGCGUGUGGAGCGGAAAUCAGCUGGCCAUGGGUCUCCGGUGGCAAGACACCAUGCCUCAGGUGGCCGACAAGGCGUAUCGCUACAUGGCUUGCAGGUUUGGCAGGGUAGAGGACCAACCCACUGCCCUACGGCUGUAUACGGUUCAGAUCCCCCACAAACGAGACCGGAAGCCUCCCCCUUGCUAUCUCACAAAGUGGGACGGCAAGAGCUUCCUGCCCAUGCUGACGGCAGUCUGUGGCACUGAGGUCAUCUCCAGCAUGGCUGUCAGUGACUCUGGAACCUUCAUCGGCCUGGGAACUGUGACGGGAUCUGUAGCGAUCUACAUUGCGUUCUCCCUACGGAAGCUGUACUACGUAGAGGAGUCCCACGGCAUCGUGGUGACGGACGUAGCAUUCCUGCCCAACUCGUUGAAGGGGAACGCCCUCAAAGGCAGCAACCACGAAGCGGCCAUGUUGAGCGUAGCCGUCGACAGCAGGUGUCAGCUGCACACCGUUCGCAACAGAAGAUCCUUCCCCAUAUGGCUGGUGCUGGGCUUCUGUGCCGUGAUGGUGGUGGCGGUGAUUCUGCUGCUUCAGUCGCUCUUCCCUGGCUUCAUGUGAAUCCCUCUGAGCACUAGAGAGCGGGCAAGAGCGGGGGGGGGGGGGAUGGGGAUGGGGGGCCGUCGUCGGAAAUCACUGAACCCUCCGCUGGGGCCGCACAGCCAUGGGAGAUUGGGCUGUGCAUCGUCCUCUCCCUGCCUCCCAGUGGGGUUGGGGCGGAGGGUGAACCAUAACCACCAGGGGACUCGUUUUUUAAUUUGACAUCUGCUGCACCCCCACCGCAAAACAUCUCAAAGCCUAACGAUGACUGUUCAAGUCGCUCUCAGAAGCCUGUGACGUCACCGCCUCCCACUGUUCCGUGGGUCUCAUCUCAUGACUUGUCCUCCUCCUCCUUGGUGAACGACUUGUACUCGUAUGGGUGAGAGGCUUGAUUCCAUUUUUGUUUUAUUUUUGGGGAUGGGUCGGGGCUCGUGGUGAGAGGGGGGGUCCAGCUUCCAGUCAUUUAUAAUUAAUGUGCAGAUUGGGGCUUUUUUAAAUAAGAUAUUUAAAGAAUAAUGUAAAGAUAUAUAAAUAUACUUAAAUAGAUUCAUGUCUUCGUGUCUUCUUUUUUCUUUCACAUGCACUUUGUGGUGUGCAGAAAUACCAUCCAUUGUCUACCUAUCAUGGAUCUUAAUUAACUAUUUCUCUAUUUCAAAUACAUCCACUAGUGGGCAGCAUAGACCCUUCAUUUGUUAGUUACCUGAAAAUGAUGAGAUCUCAAUGGCUUAGCAAUACAAAUGGCUUUGGCCCAUACAAAUAAUGAUGUAAUGGCUCAAAUAAAUGUGCUUGUGGGAGUGAUUAGGAUUACCAACGGUUGAAAGCCUCCAAAGUGUUAUGUACCUUUUGUACAAUUGCCAAUGUGAAAGAGAAAAGAAGGGCAUAAUGAAUCCUUUGUAAAUUGAACCUAAUAACAAGUUUGUUUGGAGACUAAAUGUGAGAGCGAGCUAAAUUGUUUAUAGAUGACACUUUGAAUAGUGUUUAGUGUUUCUGAUCCUCCUCCCAUCCAUUUUCCAGUUCAAAACAAGCAGAUGCACUUUUGCACACCCCGCUCCCCCGACCACACAGAGCACUGGCGGCUCUCUUGAUGGAUUUAUUUCCAGUAGGUGGCACCAUAUGGCUGGUGAAACGUGGAGGCAUGCAAGGGAUGGAAGUUCCUGUUGAUUUAACCUACAUUGUGCUCAUCUCAAGCUUGGAGACAGGCCUUCAAAGUCACAGGGUAUAGUAUAUCUGUCCCAGAUUCCUGGCCUAGUCUAUUGAUCAGGGGUGUGAAAUGGUUGCCGUUUUUAUGAAUUAAUUGUAUCAAUUCAUUAAAAGCCCAAAUCAAAUGCCGGCCACCGUUACUGCACUUUGUUUUCACAUGGAUCACAUACAAGAUGACGUUAUGGAAGCCUAGCAGCCACGUGUACACAGAGCCCCCCAUCCAUCCAUCCAAACACACAAGCUCAUUCUUUUCACCAAAUGGUAAACCAGAAUUCAGACACUGUUCAAAUACAACCCCCCCACCCCGAUCCCUUUCCAAGGCCCAGACAGUCUCCCCCUACCCCCCCUCUUCGUCAGCAGUGGGCAAGAAACCCGACGCCCGCCUCACCUACAUUAAACGUCCAACAGGAAGUGAAGUCCAACAGGAAGUGCGGAGACCCCAGACAGGCUGGUGUCUCAGAAUCCACUAAAGAGGAACAAUACAGACUUUUAUUUUUCGUGUUGAGUUUAACCCUCUGACAUUGCACAUACCCUCCACUGUCUCAGACACAGUGCCUUGGGAAACUCACUGGUGAAGUGGAAACAUUCACCCCGAUGGGGUGAGGAAUGGCAGAAGCGGGCCAGUCACUUAGGUAUGGGCAUACAUUAUCUCCACCAAACCCACCCACGCUGUCUGUGUAGAGAAAGUAAUGCCGCUGGAUGGUUCAAACUUGCUUUUUUGAAGUGUUUUAGAAUGCAUGCCUAGGCCCCUGGCUGCUUAUCUUGGAAAGCGUUCACUGAUUAGGACUGUUGAGGUGCAAUUUGAGCGUGAGUAACCCUGUGGGUUUAUGUAUAGCUGACAAAGGCCUAAAUGAGUUUGAAUAUUUUCUGUCUUUUCAUUGACUAUUCUCAUGUUUAAAGAAUGUUUUCUUAUUAUAAUGAGGCUUUCCACGUAAUGAUAAAAAGUUAUCAAUUAACCAAAAGUUAGGCCGGUUGCGUUGUCUUUGGCUCCUCUUGCUUCACGCAUUGAAACAUGGCCGAGGUGAACAGUUCUUCAGCGGCCCAGUUGGAUAGUUAGCGCUGAACGGUUAAACAGGUUUCAAAGGUGUGAGAUAGAAAGCAUAAACCAUGCGUGUUUCCACUAUAAAGGCAGGCUCCACUGAUUGCCUCUUCACAUGCCCUGAAGAUCAAGCGUUUCAAAUUAAAGUGGGAAAAAAACUACAAACGUCUCUAUGAUCCAAAAUCUUUUCCCGGGGGUCAAAAGCCCAUAAAACGCCAAAUGACUAAUAAAUCCAGCACCGUUGCGAGCAUCAAGGGUAAAGCAAAACAGACAAACGGCGCAAACAUUACUUUUCCUUUGUCAGUGAGGCCAACUACCAGGGCACCGAAGAACAGUAAUGCUUAAGAUACUAUGGGAACAGCUAUGUUAAGCAUUUAUAUAUUUUGUGAAUGAGUAUACUGAGACAUACUUAAAGGGAAAAUGUAUUGCAUUUAUAUAACGUUUUCAGACCUCUGGCCACUCAAAAGCCCUUUUAUUGUCAUUCAU